CUGCCAAAGAGACUCCACCUGCCGCGCUUGUCUGGAGAACCCCGCAGAGCAAGGACGCUGAAAAUGGCUCUGUGUGCUUUCUAUGCCCUUUGGGGUUUGCUGCUAGAAGUGGCAAUAUCGUUUGGUCCAGUCCCCAGGAUCACUUGGGAGCACAGAGAGGUCCAGCUAAUACAUUUUAAUGAAUCAAAAGUGUCAAACUAUUCAACCUUGCUGUUAAGUGAAGACAAAAAUGUUCUAUAUGUAGGAGCCAGGGAAGUGAUCUUUGCCUUAAACGCAAUGAAUAUUGCUGAGAAGCAGCACGAGCUACACUGGAAGGCCACAGAAGAUAAAAGGACUAAAUGCGCAGUCAAGGGCAAAUCAGAACAGACGGAGUGUCGUAACUACGUGCGUGUCUUGCAGCAGCUGAAUGAUACUUUUCUCUACGUGUGUGGAACUAAUGCAUUUCAGCCAACGUGUGAUUACGUGAACUUAACUUCAUUUGAACUUGGAGGUAAAAAUGAGGAUGGUAAGGGUAGGUGUCCGUUUGAUCCUGCUCAAAGCUACACAUCUGUUAUGGUUGACGAGGAGCUUUAUUCUGGGACUUCUUACAAUUUCUUGGGAAGUGAACCCAUUAUUUCACGGCACUCUCAUCAGAGCCCUCUGAGAACAGAGUAUGCAAUACCUUGGCUUAAUGAGCCCAAUUUUGUUUUUGCUGAUGUGAUAAGAGCAGAUCAAAACGGCACAGAUGGAGAAGAUGACAAGAUAUACUUCUUCUUCACCGAGGUGUCUGUGGAGUAUGAGUGUAUUGGAAAACUGAUGAUUCCAAGAAUAGCUAGGGUCUGCAAGAGGGACCAAGGAGGAUUAAGGAUCUUGCAGAAAAAAUGGACGUCCUUUCUCAAGGCCAGGCUGAUUUGUACCAUCCCUGACAAGAAUUUAGUUUUCAAUGUUAUCAAUGGUGUUUUUAUUCUCAAGUCUCCAACUCUGAAGGAACCAGUGAUAUAUGGAGUCUUCACCCCACAACUGAAUAACGUGGGGUUGUCAGCAGUGUGUGCAUACAGUCUGUCCACUGUGGAAGAGGUUUUCUCAAAGGGAAAAUACAUGCAGAGUGCUAUCGUGGAACAGGCUCAUACAAAGUGGGUCCAAUACAAUGGGGAAAUUCCUAAUCCUCGGCCUGGGGCGUGUAUAAACAACGACGCCAGAGGAUCAAGCUACAUGAGCUCGCUGAAUUUGCCAGACAAGACACUGCAGUUUGUUAGAGACCAUCCUCUGAUGGAUGACUCAGUGACCCCCAUGGGAGGCAGACCUCGGCUGGUGAAGCAAGACGUGAAGUACACACAGAUUGUAGUGGACAGAGUCAGAGCACUCAAUGGCACCACGUAUGACGUGAUGUUCAUCGGUACUGAUCGGGGAGCCGUGCACAAAGCCAUCAGCUACGAAAAUGGAAUGCACAUUAUUGAAGAAACGCAGUUUUUUCCAAGUUUUGAACCGAUCCAGACUCUCUUGCUUUCAUCCAAAACAGGCAGAAAAUACCUCUUCGCUGGCUCAAAUUCUGGAGUGGUUCAGUCUCCAGUGGCAUUCUGUCACAAGUACACCACUUGUGUUGACUGUGUUUUAGCAAGGGAUCCUUACUGUGCUUGGAAACCCCUUGAAGCUUCCUGCACUGAUAUUUUUAAGGAAGGUGGAACUGAAAGGAACUGGAUUCAGAACAUAGGUGGAGAUGCAUCUUCUUGUUCUGAUAAAGUAAGAGAGAAUCCCCUACAGCAUACAUUCAAGCAUGGGAGCACAGCAGAGCUCAAGUGUUCUCAAAAGUCCAAUCUGGCACAGGUAGUUUGGAAGUUCAAAGAUGAUGUGCUGAGAGUGGAGAGUCCCAAGUACCGUCUGCUGGAGAAGGCGCUGCUCAUCUUCAAUUUGUCAGAAGGAGACAGUGGUGUUUACCAGUGUCUGUCGGAAGAAAAAGUGAAGAACAAGAAAUUUUCUCAGGUGCUGGCUAAGCACGUCUUGGAACUGAAAAAAAUACAGCACACCGUGGCGGGCCCCACCGCGCCGACAGAAGGUAAUAGCGAUGUGCUCAGAGCGCCAGCCGAGUCUACUGCUCACACCUCGACCCCUCACAUGGUACCAGUCACGACAGCAAGGAUAGUAACAAAGCCCAUUGGCCCUGUCCUGACAAGUGUAGCCUCCAACACCGAGCUCUUCAACUCUAUUCCCGACGCGGUCCCGGAGAAGACGAUGUUCCUCAAGUCGAACGACAACUUCCUGCUGAUGUUCCUCUUCCUCUUCUUUUUCAUUCUGUUUCUGUGCCUGCUCUCCUACAACUGCUACAAGGGGUACUUGCCGGGGCAGUGCUUGAAGUUCCGCUCCGUCAUGCUGCUCGGUAAGAAGAAAACCAAGUCGGAUUUCUCCGACUGCGAGCAGAGCGUGAAGGAGACGCUGGUGGAGCAGGGCAGCGUCAGCCACCAGAGCGGGGAGCAGCCGAAGCCCGCGCACGACACCGGCUACGAGACGGAGCCCGACUGCGGGAACAGCCAGCUGCAGGCCGGGGACUCGCAGGCAUCCCGGGAGGCCAAGGACAAACCCUUCGACGUCAAGUGUGAGCUCAAGUUCGCGGACUCGGACGUGGAAGGGGACUGAGCGAGGGACG